CAACCACUAUUGUGAAAUAUUGUGGUUCCAGUAAGAUUCCCCCAUCGGUAGAGGCAAAGACAGAUUGACUCAUUAAGAGAGGAUUGAAACCAAAGCUACACACAUUGGAAAGCUGUAGAGAGAGAGCCUUCAUCAUGAUAAUUCAAUUCACAAGCAAUUAACAAUUCUCCACACAGUGCUAUUACCAUAACAGGAGAAGGAAAACAGUUUCAUGAGAAACAUGUUAAAUCCUGCAAAACUGAUGAAGACAGUGCCUCCCAAGCAGUGGAAAUCUAGAGAGGCCCUUCACUCCUGAAUCUGACUUCUUGUGAUAGUUGUUGAUCUAUGAGGAUUGCAUGCAGUAGAUCCGGAGGUUGGUUCCAGAACCAAUAUGGAGGGAGACUUCCAUUAAGGGCCAUUCUAGCUAGGACAUGAGCUGUGUUGUUUCCAGAUUUGGCUGUCCAGCUGAAGACAAUCUGUUUCAAACACCACCUCUUCAAGGUUCAUGUUCUUUGCAAUCAGCACAGCUUCCCUAAGAGCCAAGGCCUCAGCAAGGAUUGGUUUGGAAGUGAGGAAGCGUUUUGUUGAGCCAAAGAUCUAAAGUAGCUCCAUCCAGCGAAGGAGUUGGCAGGAGUCCUUCAUUACCAUCCUGGACUGGAAUGGCCUCAUCAUUUUCUGCCUCUGUCAUGGUCACAGAGAAUGGUAUUUCCUCAUCAGUUCUGUUACCCCUCUCCAUAGAGGUAAGGAAUGCUUGAGGAAAACUUAAAACCAAGUGAAAAGCUGAUUGAAAAGUGAGCAGGAGAUUGAGAAGAAAAAAGGAACAAAAUCCUCUUGCAAAAGGCAAAGGAAGUGUAAUCCAGCAAGGAUCUGGAAUAAAACUCUUCCUAGGUCUCAACACUCUCAAUGGGUAUAACCCUAGCAGAGCAAAACCUAAAAGAGUUUUGGUCAAUCUAUUCUUCAGAUUAAUACUGAUUCCUAAGAGGGUUAGGUUCUAAAAAAAUAAAAAUAAAAAAAUGAGCAGCUUCUCAAAGAUUUACGAAGGUGGUGGAUGGACCACACAUGAGGACAAUUUUUUCUUAAAUAUGCCCAUACCUGCCACUGCCCGAGAAGGAGACAAAAAAUUUGAAGGACUAAAUUGUCGUUCCCUAGAUUUUUGGUUGAAAGCUGCUGAUACUUUUAACGGCAUAGCCAAUAUUGAGAAAACAACGUGUGACUUGAUUGAAAGACUAAAGAUCUUGAAAAAGGCUACCAUGAGUAAGACUGGUCUUCCUGAUGCAUGGAUGUCAAGGGCCAAAGCUAUUAAGUUAUUUUUGGAAUUGAAAAUGCGAAUCCCUUCACUGUCCACACCUAAAUUAAAAGCCAAUUCCAUCUCCGGGAACGUGAGCGGGGGGAGUCCAUCAACGACAACUACAUCUGUGGAGGCCUCCGCUUCUACUGUGACCCUUGUUUCUCGAAAAUACCCCUCUCCAAAAGACAAGGACAAAUUUGUUGAAAUUGUUCAGAAAUUACUCGUAAACCGUCGCAUACAUUGUUCACGAAUUGAAACUCUACCAUUUGAGUUGCUGAAUAAGGUGUUGAUGAGAGGUCUAUUUUAUGACAUUGAAAAUAUGAUCACCCUCGAUCAAAAAGAUAAAUAUCUCACCUAUUUGUUGAAAACUUAUGAGAUAAAUAUAUAAGAGUGCAGAUGGUGGUGGGGCUGCAAGAGAGACGUUUGGUUAAUUUAUGCCGGAUAAUUCUAUUCUCGUAUGGUUAAUUAAUGCUGGAUAAUUGUUAUCACCUGUUCAAUGUUCUUAUAUAUAUUUUGAGAGAUUCAGCUUCUGUUGGACCGCGAGUGGCAUGUUCAACUUCUUCAUAUUCCUAGAACAGCUAAUGAUGUAGCUAAUUGUCUAGCGGGUUUGGGUGCAGAGCUCUAGUGCUCAUAUACUAGGUCGGAGGAACCUCCUCCACAACUUCUUCCUGUUUUGGCUAGGGACCUCCUAGCGUUAAGUCUUCGUUUAAUUUUUUGAUGUACAAAAAAAAUUGCCCUUAUAUAUAUUUAUGAGUUUAUCUUGAUGUUAA